AUGAAGGAAGAAGAACUACGCGCGGCGGCGAUUAAGGGUGAAACGGAGAAGGUAACGGCUCUUAUUGAGUCCGGCGCCGACGUUACCUAUUUCGACGGAGAUGGUCUAACUCCUCUUAUGCACGCUGCAAAGCACGGCUAUGCACCCAUCCUCGACAUCCUUAUCUCCGCCGGCGCUCCUUGGAACGCUCUUUCUCCUUCCAACUUAUCCGCCGGUGAUUUCGCAAUGCAAGAAGGUCACCAAGAAGCCUACGAGCUUCUCCUCAAUGCCGGGAUUCGAUCUGAAUUAGUGCUGGGAACAAUUGCUAGGAAGGAAAAGAAAAACACCGAUUCUGGAUAUGAUUAUUUGGAAGAUAGGGUAAGUUUUAGUGAAGAUAAAGUUAUGGAUUCUGAAAGUAAAGCUGUGAUGAUGGCAUGGGAGAAGCCAUUGAUGGAGGCUCAUGCUAAAGCUGUUUGUUUAGGAGGUGGUCAUGUGCUCAAUAUUGGAUUUGGAAUGGGUCUUGUUGAUACAGCUAUACAGCAAUAUUCACCCGUGAAACACACCAUUGUUGAGGCUCAUCCAGAGGUUUAUGAACGCAUGCUUCGCGAUGGUUGGGGUCAGAAGGAAAAUGUGAAGAUUAUUUUUGGCCGCUGGCAAGAUGUUUUGUCUCAGCUUGAAACAUAUGAUGGGAUAUUCUUUGACACCUAUGGGGAGUACUAUGAAGAUUUGAGAGAGUUCCACCAACAUCUCCCAGUAUUGUUGAAACCGGAUGGAGUUUAUUCUUUCUUCAAUGGCCUAUGUGGUGGUAAUGCAUUUUUCCAUGUUGUUUACUGCCAUUUGGUAUCUCUUGAGCUUGAGAAUUUGGGGUAUUCCACACAAUUAAUUCCCUUGCCUGUUAAGGAUUGCUUGGGGGAACAAGUUUGGGAAGGUGUUAAACACAGAUACUGGCAGCUUGAUACAUACUAUCUCCCUGUUUGUCAGUCUGCAGAGGACUCUCAGUGA